GAGGAGUGUGGAAAGACCCACCUUCAAAUCCACCAUGGCGUGGAGUAUAUCUACACUCUGUGUUCUGGCCCUAGCUUUGACCUAUGGCCUCCAGGUGAACGCAAUAAGGGUACGCCGGAGCAACCAUGUCAGCAACAUUUGUAGCAUGUGGGGAAAUUUCCACUUUAAGACGUUUGAUGGAGAUUUCUACCAGUACCGAGGUACUUGUGAAUACAACCUAGUCUCUGACUGCCAGGGGUCUGUGCAGGGUUUCUCUGUGCAUGCUAAAAGAGCAGGGACAGCUGACAACCCAUACAUCACCAGAUUGCUGAUCACUAUUGGAGACAUGCCCAUUGAGCUCACCAAGAACCUGGUUAUGGUGAACAGCGAAAUUGUUAAACUCCCACACUAUGUAGGAGGGAUAAUGCUUGAAGAGAACUCUAUCUAUAUUAAAGUUUAUGCCAAACUGGGCCUCAGCAUCUUAUGGAAUAGAGCUGAUGCUAUCACGCUGGAACUGGACCCUAAAUAUUCUAAUCAGAGCUGUGGACUUUGUGGAGAUUUCAAUGGAGUUCCUGUUUAUAACGAGUUCCUAAGUGAUGGUCGUAUAACUGGCAUUAUUGAGUUUGGCAACAAACACAGGAUCCAUAACCCCACUCACGUCUGUGAGGACCCUUAUGAAGAAAUUGAGGGUCAAAACAGCACAAAUGAGAAGUGUCAAUCAUUUCGAGAAGGCUGUUCCGAGCUGCUGAUGGAGAAUUCCUGGUCCUCUUGUCGGAACAUUUUAAGUCCAGAGCAUUAUAUUCAAGCUUGCAUGAUGGACAGGUGCGCAUCUCUCUCAACGGACGUGGAGAACACUGCUCUCUGUAGCACCUUGUCCGAGUACUCACGCCAGUGCUCCCAUGCAGGAGGAACGCCACCUAACUGGAGAACACCAACCUUUUGUGCUAUCAAAUGCCCCUCUACCAUGGAAUACUCUGAGAGUGGUUCCCCUUGUCUGGAUACGUGCUCAAACACAGACACCAGCUCACUGUGUGAGGAACACAAGAUGGAUGGCUGCUUUUGCCCAUCUGGUACCGUGUUUGAUGAUCUGUCUAACAGAGGUUGUAUCACUAAGGAUCAGUGCCAGUGUAAACACGACAAUUUGACCAACCCUGGAGAGGUUCUGGUCAAGGAUGAUGAAAAAUGUGUGUGUCAGCAGGGAAAGUGGAUCUGCAAGACUCUGCCUGCCCCAGGUGUGUGUCUUAUGCAGGAGGGUUCCCACUUCACUACAUUUGAUGGAAAAGAAUUUACCUUCCAUGGAAACUGCUAUUAUGUUCUUUCCAAGGACUGUGUGGACUCAAAGUUUGCUAUUUUGGCACAACUUGCUCCUUGUGUUGACCAGAAAACAGACACUUGCCUGAAAUCAAUUCGAAUACAACUCAACAAUGACAAGAAUAAUGUCUUAAUCAUCAAAGAUGAUGGCACAGUAAAGCAUAAUGGAGAUAUAUCACUCCCUUACACCACUGUUGAAUUCACAGUAUUCAGUCCAUCGUCCUACUACAUCAUAUUGCAGACCACAUUUGGGCUCCAGAUCCAGGUACAGCUGGUUCCACUCAUGCAGCUCUACAUCAGGCUGGAUCAGAGAUUCCAGUCCAAGACCUGUGGUCUGUGUGGAAAUUUCAACAAGAUGCUGUCUGAUGAACUGAGGACCCCACAAGGUAUAGUUGAAGGGACAGCUACAUCCUUUGGGAAUUCCUGGAAGGCUCAGACCAACUGUCUUGACAGUACUGAGAGGCUUGAUGACCCGUGCAGCUACAAUAUAGACAGCGAGAGAUUUGCAGAGCACUGGUGCUCUAAACUGAAGGAGAAGGAAGGCGUUUUUGCCAAAUGCCAUUCGACUGUUAACCCAGAAAACUACUACAAGAGAUGUAAAUACUCAAGCUGUACGUGUGAGAAGAGCGAGGACUGUUUGUGUGCUGUCGUUUCCUCCUACGUUCAAGCAUGCGCAGCAAAGGGGUUGUUCCUGCAAAACUGGAGAAACACAGUGUGUGAUAAAUACAGUACAAGCUGCCCAGCGUCACAGGAUUUCAUCUACAAGAUUCAGCAAUGCCAGCGCACAUGUGACUCCCUUAGCUUGGAACGUCAGGGCUGCAGUACUGAGUACGUGCCCGUGGAUGGGUGUGCCUGUCCAGAAGGGCUCUAUAAGAGUGAGAAUGAUGUUUGUGUGCCUAUAGAGAAAUGCCCCUGCUAUUACAAUGGAGAGCACAUUAAACCUGGCAAGUCAAUCAACAUCAAAAAUGAGCACUGUCUUUGUAAAAAUGGAAAGCUUCAGUGCCAGUCGUGGGAUAUUAUUCAUGAGUGUGUUGCUCCAAAGACUUUCUUUAACUGCAGUACUGCAGGGCCGGAUCAGCAUGGGUUAGAGUGUGCACCAACAUGCGCACAAAAGAACGUUGAUUGUUAUCUCACCGACUGUGAGUCAGGAUGCAAGUGUCCUGAAGACCUGCUUGAUGAUGGUCGUGGUUUCUGUGUUAAGGAGCAUGAUUGCCCUUGCAAACAUGACAGUUACUUUUAUGCUCCAGGUUCUCAAAUAACAGACCACUGUAACAAAUGCACCUGUAAAGGUGGCGAGUGGGAUUGCACCGAGAAAAAAUGCCCUGGCAGUUGCACCAUCUAUGGCAGUGGACAUUACAACACUUUCGAUAAGCAAAUAUUUGGUUUUAGUGGAGAUUGUAGUUAUAUAGCUCUCCAGAACAAGUGUGGAAAUAAGACGGGGACAUUUCAUGUGAUCACCGAGAAUGUACCAUGUGGGACAACAGGGACCACUUGUUCCAAAGCUGUUCGAAUUGUAUUGGGAAAAACAGAGUUGCAAUUGAUGGAUGGUAAAAUAACAGAAAUUGAGCUUGAAACAGGUCUAUCUAUUAAGUACACUGAGAGAAAUGUGGGUCUUUACCUGGUCAUAGAAUCUGACAUUGGCCUAACAGUGUUGUGGGACCGUAAAACGACAGUCCGCAUCAUUCUUCAACCCCAGCAUAUGGGAGAGGUUUGUGGAUUGUGCGGAAACUACAAUGAAAAUGGCAAAGAUGACUUUACCACUCAAAGCUUGCUGCAAGUUUCUGAUGUUCUGCAGUUUGUAAACAGCUGGAAAGUACUCAGCCAGUGCCCAGAUGCUAAGCCAGACUUUGAUCCGUGUUUUAAAACACCUACCCGCUACACCUGGGCAAAACUGCAGUGCAGCAUCAUUAAAUCUGACACUUUCAAAGCUUGCCACAAUAAGGUGGCUUGGACCCCAUAUUUUGAAAACUGUGUAAAAGACUCAUGUUCAUGUGAUACUGGUGGGGACUGUGAGUGUUUAUGCACUGCUGUGGCAGCUUAUGCACAAGCCUGUAAUGAAGCAGGAGUCUGUGUGGCCUGGAGAACCCCAGAGAUCUGUCCUGUGUUCUGUGACUACUACAAUCACCAGUUUGAUUGCACAUGGCACUACAGUCCCUGUCACACACCAUGCUACAAAACCUGCCUCAAUACUCAAGGCAUCUGCAACAACUCUUUACCUAAUGUAGAGGGGUGUUAUCCCACAUGUCCAGAGGACAAGCCUAUUUUUGAUGAGGCAACUCAGACUUGCGUUGUGAUAUGUCCUACAUGCUACAAAAAUGGCACUGAGUAUAAGCCUGGGGAGGAAAUACCAACUGAAAUACCAUGCCAAUCAUGUCAUUGUGAUAAAAAUGGAACAGAAGUAUGUGUAACCAAAACUGGAUGCUGCGUUUACAAUGGAACAGCAUAUAAUGAUACUGAUUCCAUAUACAAUGGAACGGACAACAUGGGAACAUGUUACAAUGCUACAUGCAUAAAUGGCACUGUCAUUGAGGACCGGUACCCCUGUGGUACUACCACAACACCACCACCACCAACAACAACAGCUGUAUCAACGACAAAAGGUGAAGCCAGUACAACAACUCAAACUGAGACCACAUCUACCCUUGGAACAACAACUAAAGCAACAACUACUCCAGUGACAACAACAACAACAGCAACAACAACACCUGUAUCAACUACAACAGAGGAAGUCAGUAAAACAACUCAAACUGAGCCAACAUCGACGACUGAACCUCCUACAACUACAUCAUGCAUCGCUGAAUGUAAAUGGUCUAAAUGGUUCAAUGUCUCUGACCCAAUGAAAGGAGGAGAUGAUUUAGAAACCUAUGAAAAUAUAAAAAAUAAUGGAAGUGAGAUAUGCGAACGUCCAGAAGCCAUCAAUUGCAGAUCUGUGAAAGAUCCUCAUAUGACAUUUGAACAGUUUGUACAAGAAACAGGUCAGGUUGUGCAGUGCAAUGUUUCAUUUGGUUUAGUGUGUGAAAAGAGUAAACAGACAGAACGCCCAUACAAAUGUUUUAAUUAUGAAAUUCAAGUAUGGUGUUGUGAAUGUCGAAAUGAAACAACAACAGCAACAACAACACCUUUAUCAACGACAACAGGGGAAUUGAGUACAACAACUCAAACUGAGACCACAUCUACCCCUGGAACAACAACUAAAGCAACAACUACUCCAGUGACAACAACAACAGCAACAACAACACCUGGAUCAACUACAACAGGGCAAAUCAGUACAACAACUCAAACUGAGACCACAUCUACCCCUGGAACAACAACUAAAGCAACAACUACUCCAGUGACAACAACAACAACAACAACAACACCUGUAUCAACGACAACUGUGGAAAUCAGUACAACAACUCAAACUGAGACCACAUCUACCCCUGGAACAACAACUAAAGCAACAACUACUCCAGUGACGACGACAACAACAACAACAACAACAACAACAACACCUAUAUCAACGACAACUGUGGAAAUCAGUACAACAACUCAAACUGAGACCACAACUACCCCUGGAACAACAACUAAAGCAACAACUACUCCAGUGACGACAACAACAACACCUGGAUCAACUACAUCAGGGGAAGUCAGUACAACAACUCAAACUGAGACCACAUCUACCCCUGGAACAACAACUAAAGCAACAACUACUCCAGUGACGACAACAACAACACCUGGAUCAACUACAUCAGGGGAAGUCAGUACAACAACUCAAACUGAGACCACAUCUACCCCUGGAACAACAACUAAAGCAACAACUACUCCAGUGACGACAACAACAACACCUUUAUCAACUACAACAGGGCAAAUCAGUACAACAACUCAAACUGAGACCACAUCUACCCCUGGAACAACAACUAAAGCAACAACUACUCCAGUGACAACAACAACAACAACACCUGUAUCAACGACAACUGUGGAAAUUAGUACAACAACUCAAACUGAGACCACAUCUACCCCUGGAACAACAACUAAAGCAACAACUACUCCAGUGACGACGACAACAACAACAACAACAACAACAACACCUGGAUCAACUACGUCAGGGGAAGUCAGUACAACAACUCAAACUGAGACCACAUCUACCCCUGGAACAACAACUAAAGCAACAACUACUCCAGUGACGACUACAACAACACCUUUAUCAACUACAACAGGGCAAAUCAGUACAACAACUCAAACUGAGACCACAUCUACCCCUGGAACAACAACUAAAGCAACAACUACUCCAGUGACAACAACAACAACACCUGUAUCAACGACAACUGUGGAAAUCAGUACAACUCAAACUGAGACCACAUCUACCCCUGGAACAACAACUAAAGCAACAACUACUCCAGUGACGAUGACAACAACAACAACAAAAACGCCUAUAUCAACGACAACUGUGGAAAUCAGUACAACAACUCAAACUGAGACCACAACUACCCCUGGAACAACAACUAAAGCAACAACUACUCCAGUGACGACAACAACAACACCUGGAUCAACUACAUCAGGGGAACCAACAUCGACGACUGAACCUCCUACAACUACAUCAUGCAUCGCUGAAUGUAAAUGGUCUAAAUGGUUCAAUGUCUCUGACCCAAUGAAAGGAGGAGAUGAUUUAGAAACCUAUGAAAAUAUAAAAAAUAAUGGAAGUGAGAUAUGCGAACGUCCAGAAGCCAUCAAUUGCAGAUCUGUGAAAGAUCCUCAUAUGACAUUUGAACAGUUUGUACAAGAAACAGGUCAGGUUGUGCAGUGCAAUGUUUCAUUUGGUUUAGUGUGUGAAAAGAGUAAACAGACAGAACGCCCAUACAAAUGUUUUAAUUAUGAAAUUCAAGUAUGGUGUUGUGAAUGUCGAAAUGAAACAACAACAGCAACAACAACACCUUUAUCAACGACAACAGGGGAAUUGAGUACAACAACUCAAACUGAGACCACAUCUACCCCUGGAACAACAACUAAAGCAACAACUACUCCAGUGACAACAACAACAGCAACAACAACACCUGGAUCAACUACAACAGGGCAAAUCAGUACAACAACUCAAACUGAGACCACAUCUACCCCUGGAACAACAACUAAAGCAACAACUACUCCAGUGACAACAACAACAACAACAACAACAACAACACCUGUAUCAACGACAACUGUGGAAAUCAGUACAACAACUCAAACUGAGACCACAUCUACCCCUGGAACAACAACUAAAGCAACAACUACUCCAGUGACGACGACAACAACAACAACAACAACAACAACACCUAUAUCAACGACAACUGUGGAAAUCAGUACAACAACUCAAACUGAGACCACAACUACCCCUGGAACAACAACUAAAGCAACAACUACUCCAGUGACGACAACAACAACACCUGGAUCAACUACAUCAGGGGAAGUCAGUACAACAACUCAAACUGAGACCACAUCUACCCCUGGAACAACAACUAAAGCAACAACUACUCCAGUGACGACAACAACAACACCUGGAUCAACUACAUCAGGGGAAGUCAGUACAACAACUCAAACUGAGACCACAUCUACCCCUGGAACAACAACUAAAGCAACAACUACUCCAGUGACGACAACAACAACACCUUUAUCAACUACAACAGGGCAAAUCAGUACAACAACUCAAACUGAGACCACAUCUACCCCUGGAACAACAACUAAAGCAACAACUACUCCAGUGACAACAACAACAACAACACCUGUAUCAACGACAACUGUGGAAAUUAGUACAACAACUCAAACUGAGACCACAUCUACCCCUGGAACAACAACUAAAGCAACAACUACUCCAGUGACGACGACAACAACAACAACAACAACAACACCUGGAUCAACUACAACUCAAACUGAGACCACAUCUACCCCUGGAACAACAACUAAAGCAACAACUACUCCAGUGACGAUGACAACAACAACAACAAAAACGCCUAUAUCAACGACAACUGUGGAAAUCAGUACAACAACUCAAACUGAGACCACAACUACCCCUGGAACAACAACUAAAGCAACAACUACUCCAGUGACGACAACAACAACACCUGGAUCAACUACAUCAGGGGAAGUCAGUACAACAACUCAAACUGAGACCACAUCUACCCCUGGAACAACAACUAAAGCAACAACUACUCCAGUGACGACAACAACAACACCUGGAUCAACUACAUCAGGGGAAGUCAGUACAACAACUCAAACUGAGACCACAUCUACCCCUGGAACAACAACUAAAGCAACAACUACUCCAGUGACGACAACAACAACACCUUUAUCAACUACAACAGGGCAAAUCAGUACAACAACUCAAACUGAGACCACAUCUACCCCUGGAACAACAACUAAAGCAACAACUACUCCAGUGACAACAACAACACCUGUAUCAACGACAACUGUGGAAAUUAGUACAACAACUCAAACUGAGACCACAUCUACCCCUGGAACAACAACUAAAGCAACAACUACUCCAGUGAUGACGACAACAACAACAACAACACCUGGAUCAACUACAUCAGGGGAAGUCAGUACAACAACUCAAACUGAGACCACAUCUACCCCUGGAACAACAACUAAAGCAACAACUACUCCAGUGACAACAACAACAACAACAACAACACCUGUAUCAACGACAACUGUGGAAAUUAGUACAACAACUCAAACUGAGACCACAUCUACCCCUGGAACAACAACUAAAGCAACAACUACUCCAGUGACGACGACGACAACAACAACACCUGGAUCAACUACAACUCAAACUGAGACCACAUCUACCCCUGGAACAACAACUAAAGCAACAACUACUCCAGUGACAACAACAACAACACCUGUAUCAACGACAACUGUGGAAAUCAGUACAACAACUCAAACUGAGACCACAUCUACCCCUGGAACAACAACUAAAGCAACAACUACUCCAGUGACGACAACAACAACACCUGGAUCAACUACAACUCAAACUGAGACCACAUCUACCCCUGGAACAACAACUAAAGCAACAACUACUCCAGUGACAACAACAACAACAACAACAACACCUGUAUCAACGACAACUGUGGAAAUUAGUACAACAACUCAAACUGAGACCACAUCUACCCCUGGAACAACAACUAAAGCAACAACUACUCCAGUGACGACGACAACAACAAUAACAACAACAACAACAACACCUGGAUCAACUACAUCAGGGGAAGUCAGUACAACAACUCAAACUGAGACCACAUCUACCCCUGGAACAACAACUAAAGCAACAACUACUCCAGUGACGACUACAACAACACCUUUAUCAACUACAACAGGGCAAAUCAGUACAACAACUCAAACUGAGACCACAUCUACCCCUGGAACAACAACUAAAGCAACAACUACUCCAGUGACAACAACAACAACACCUGUAUCAACGACAACUGUGGAAAUCAGUACAACAACUCAAACUGAGACCACAUCUACCCCUGGAACAACAACUAAAGCAACAACUACUCCAGUGACGAUGACAACAACAACAACAACACCUAUAUCAACGACAACUGUGGAAAUCAGUACAACAACUCAAACUGAGACCACAACUACCCCUGGAACAACAACUAAAGCAACAACUACUCCAGUGACGACAACAACAACACCUGGAUCAACUACAUCAGGGGAAGUCAGUACAACAACUCAAACUGAGACCACAUCUACCCCUGGAACAACAACUAAAGCAACAACUACUCCAUUGACGACAACAACAACACCUGGAUCAACUACAUCAGGGGAAGUCAGUACAACAACUCAAACUGAGACCACAUCUACCCCUGGAACAACAACUAAAGCAACAACUACUCCAGUGACGACAACAACAACACCUUUAUCAACUACAACAGGGCAAAUCAGUACAACAACUCAAACUGAGACCACAUCUACCCCUGGAACAACAACUAAAGCAACAACUACUCCAGUGACGACGACAACAACAAUAACAACAACAACAACAACACCUGGAUCAACUACAUCAGGGGAAGUCAGUACAACAACUCAAACUGAGACCACAUCUACCCCUGGAACAACAACUAAAGCAACAACUACUCCAGUGACGACUACAACAACACCUUUAUCAACUACAACAGGGCAAAUCAGUACAACAACUCAAACUGAGACCACAUCUACCCCUGGAACAACAACUAAAGCAACAACUACUCCAGUGACAACAACAACAACACCUGUAUCAACGACAACUGUGGAAAUCAGUACAACAACUCAAACUGAGACCACAUCUACCCCUGGAACAACAACUAAAGCAACAACUACUCCAGUGACGAUGACAACAACAACAACAACAACAACACCUAUAUCAACGACAACUGUGGAAAUCAGUACAACAACUCAAACUGAGACCACAACUACCCCUGGAACAACAACUAAAGCAACAACUACUCCAGUGACGACAACAACAACACCUGGAUCAACUACAUCAGGGGAAGUCAGUACAACAACUCAAACUGAGACCACAUCUACCCCUGGAACAACAACUAAAGCAACAACUACUCCAGUGACGACAACAACAACACCUGGAUCAACUACAUCAGGGGAAGUCAGUACAACAACUCAAACUGAGACCACAUCUACCCCUGGAACAACAACUAAAGCAACAACUACUCCAGUGACGACAACAACAACACCUGUAUCAACUACAACAGGGAAGGUCAGUACAACAACUCAAAAUGAGACCACUUCUACCCUUGGAACAACAACUAAAUCACCAACACCUACGAAGACAACAGAAGAAACACCUGGUUCACUUAAAACAGGGCCAACUACCAAAUAUACUACAACAGUGGCACCUCAAAAAUCACCUAAUGGAACAACUACCCAGCUAACAACUAAUCCAACAACAACAACAGCAACAACAUCACCUGUAUCAACUACAACAGGGGAAAUCAGUACAACAACUCAAACUGAGACCACAUCUACCCCUGGAACAACAACUAAAGCAACAACUACUCCAGUGACAACAACAACGACAGCAACAACACCUGGAUCAACUACAAGAGGGGAAGUCAGCACAACAACUCAAACUGAGACCACAUCUACCCCUGGAACAACAACUAAAGCAACAACUACUCCAAUGACAACAACAACGACAGCACCAACAUCACCUGUAUCAACUACAACAGGGGAAAUUAGUACAUCUCAAACUGAGACCACAUCUACCCCUGGAACAACAACUAAAGCAACAACUACUCCAGUGACAACAACAACAGCAACAACAACACCUGUAUCAACUACAACAGGGGAAAUCAGUACAACAACUCAAACUGAGACCACAUCUACCCCUCGAACUACACAUACUAUUCCCACAACCUCUACAUCUGUUCAACCAACUCCAUGUGUCUGCAUAAUAAAUGGAACAUCUUAUGAGCCAGGUGAAACGAUACUUAAAGAUAAAGAAAUUGGCUUGGGUACAUGUUUGACCAUGAUCUGUUCUCAAAGUUGUGUAAUACAGAACACAACAGCUCCAUGCCCGGGUUGUCCACCAUGGGGAGUACAUAAAAAUGAGACAUUUGAGAUCUGUAACUGCACAAUGGCCAGGUGCAUUGAAAACUAUACUAUAGAGAUCAUCCCAUACCCAUGUCCACCUCUUCAAACCAUCACUUGUUUAAAUCGCCAAAAGCCUGUGGAAGUGUAUGAUGAGAAUUCCUGCUGUAAACAACACGCUUGUGACUGCUUUUGUGAAGGCUGGGGUGAUCCUCACUAUAGAACAUUUGAUGGACUGUUCUAUAGUUAUCAAGGAGAAUGCACAUAUGUAUUAGUGGAGGAAAUCAAUCCUAAAUAUAACUUGAAAAUUUAUAUUGAUAAUGUCUAUUGUGACCCUCGAGAGCCUGUGUCCUGCCCGAGGGCUAUUAUUGUGGAGUACAAUAAAUUAGAGAUCACGCUGAAAAACAACAACCUUAUAGGAGCUACCAAACUGGAGGCUUUAAUGGCGGGUUCUUCUUUGAAAUUACCUUUUGAGCAAAAAGAUCUGACUGUGGUGAGCUCAGGUUUGAACUUGAUCCUGAUGAUUCCAAGGUUGAACGUUGUUGUGAUGUUUGGAAUCACUGGUUUCAGUGUCAACUUGCCAUUCCAACAUUUUGGGAACAACACUCAAGGACACUGUGGUACCUGCAACAACAACCAGGCUGAUGACUGCAUGCUACCAGAUGGGAGACUUGUAGAUGACUGUGCAGUAAUGGCAGACUAUUGGCAAGCUAAAGACAAGAGUGAAUCCACUUGCAAAUCACCACCAGUCCAUCCAGAAACAGCUGCACCCACAAAACCCUCUUGUCCAAACAACAAAGUGUGUGAGCUUCUGAAAAGCGAUUUGUUUAAGGAGUGUCAUCCCCUCCUCUCCCCUGAAAACUAUGUCACUGGCUGCCAGUUUGACAGUUGUCAUAUGAGCAACCAAGAUGUGGUCUGCACCAGUCUUCAGACCUAUGCACUCGCUUGCUCACACCUUGGGGUCUGCAUAAACUGGAGGAACCACACUGAUCUAUGCCCAACCAACUGUCCAGCAGACAAAGUGUUCCAAGCCUGUGGACCUGUUGACCAACCAACCUGCAAAGACAACCCUGGAGACCAACAGAAGAUCACUACUGAGGGUUGUUUCUGUCCCGAGGGCACAAAGCUCUUCAGUAAGGAGUCAGCAGUGUGUGUUGACAAGUGUGGAUGCUUGGACCCCUCUGGUCAAGGACGAAAUUUUGGAGAAACGUUCCAGCAGGGUUGCCAGGACUGUGUCUGUGAUGAAACAUCUGUAUCCGUCGUGUGCAAAGAAAGAGUGUGUUCAAACAGCAACAAAGUAGUCAUUUGCAAUGAGCCAGGAUAUACUGUGGUCAAUGUGACAGAUUCAUCGGAUGCCUGUUGCACUGAGCUUACCUGCCGAUGUGAUAGCAGCACAUGUCCCAGUGUAAAUGACCAGUGUCCAAUCGGCUACACUCCUUCACUCAAAGUGCCUGAAGACAAAUGCUGCCCUGAGUUAACCUGCGAGGCAAAGGAAGUCUGUGUCCAUAAAGGACUGGAGUAUAAGCCUGGUACUACAGUCCCUGUGGUUGACUGCCAGAACUGUCGGUGUACCUGGGAUAAGAAUCCAGAAACGAAACUGUUUAAGAUCGAUUGUACACCUGUGGAUUGCGAUGAGAAGUGUGAAACAGGAUAUAAGUAUGUGGAAUCAUACACUGCUGAAUGCUGUGGCAAAUGCAUACAGAACAAAUGUAUUGUGAACUACAACAGCACAGUACACACAUUGGAGAAUGGAAAAGUAUGGAUUCCGCCAAAUGAUGCCUGUAAGAAGUUCAUCUGCACACUGAUUAAUGGAGAAUAUAUUACUACCAACUAUCAGAUCCAGUGCCCACCAUUCAACAUCACAAAUUGCCAGCCUGGUACCAUGCAAGUUACUGCUGAUGGCUGCUGCCCAGUCUGUGUGGAGACGAACACAGGAUGUAAAGUAGAGACCACUUUUGCUUCAAUCAGUCACAACAACUGCUGGUCAAAGAACACCGUGGUGCAAACACAAUGUCAAGGACACUGUAACAGCUACAGCAUGUACACUGACGUGAGUUCUUCAACUUGUAGCUGUUGCAAAGCGAGCCGCACUAGUUGGCGCACAGUGGAUCUGGAAUGCCUGAAUGGAGAUAUAGUACCCUACCGCUACAUGAAUGUGGAGGCAUGCAGCUGUGACCAGACUAAAUGUCUUGAAGGAGGCCAGCAGCAGCAGCAGCAAGAGGAGUAGGAGCAGCAGCAGAAGAAAAAAUUAUAGGAGAUACUCCUAUGAUGCAGUGCAGCAUCAGACUCCCUUAAGGAUGUCUGCAUUUUUCUCUCAGAUAUUUAGAAAAUAUUUCAAGUGCUUUAUCAUGCUUACUUUCAAAUGUGUCUUUUAAAGCACCGCUUUGCUUUUCAAUUCAAAUAUAUGUAACUGUUUAAAUAAAGUGCAAUAUUAAAAGUCUUUGGUUUGUUUUUG